AUGAGAAAGUUAAAAUUCCACGAGCAGAAAUUACUCAAAAAGGUCAAUCUAUAUUCCUGGAAGAACGAGUCUGCACACAAAGAGACCAGUAUCAUGCGUAGAUAUCACGUUCAAGGAAGAGAAGAUUACUCUAAAUACAAUAAUUUAUGUGGUAUGAUCACAAAGACAGUUGCAAAGUUGAAGACCCUUCCCCAAGAUGAUGCAUACAGAAUUGAAAAGACUCAGCAGUUGUUGACCAAGUUGUAUGAAAUGGGUGUCAUCUCUGAUACUACUAACCUAUCCAGUGUUGAGAAAAUUAGCGUAUCUUCCUUCUGACGUAGGAGACUCCCUGUUGUUAUGGUCAAAAUGCAUCUGUGCCCAACAAUAAAAAGAGCCGCUGAGUUGAUAGAGCAAGGUCAUAUUAGUGUUGGUAUAGAGACUAUUACUGAUCCUGCUUUCCAUGUUAACCGAAGUAUGGAGGAUCACAUCACUUGGGUGAAGACAAGUAAAAUCAAGAAGAAGGUGAUGGAGUACAAUGGAGAUUUCGAUGACUUUGAUGUUAAUGUAUAA